GCAAAAAGCAGAAACACCAGUGAUCCUCUUUCAGAGCACACACACACACACACACACACACCUUCAUCUGCACCUCAGAGCUGAGCAUGGGAUGUCUACUGUACUUGUUCCUGUGCUUAAUUUGUUUUGCACAGUCGAUCACUGCACAGAGGUUCCUGGUGACGGCACCCAGCGUUUUUCAUGUCGGCGUGAAGGAACAGGUGUCAGUCCAGGUCUGUGCAAGUCUGAUGAACAGCCCUGUGACGUGUCUCCUAGAGCAGGAAGUGGGAAGUGUCCCCAUGUCAAAUCGUGAGACUACACGCAUCACUCAGGAAGGACAAGUCGGAAUACUAGAGAUUGAGGUGAAUGCAAAAAAAGCUGCAGAAUUACUCUCUGCCAAUGGGGAACCACCAUAUCUAAAUCUGGUUUGCAAUAUCGGUGGAAUAAAGAGAAAACAAACUCGUGUUCUGAUCUCCCAACACAGAGGCUACAUCUUCAUUCAGACAGACCAACCUGUGUAUAACCCCACACAGAAAGUUCAGUACAGAAUAUUCUUACUGGACCAUGCCAUGCGACCUAAAUCAGAUGACAUAUAUGUGUAUCUUAUAAAUGCAGAGGGAAGCACUCUCAAGAAGACCUUAUACCAUGUCAGCAAUGGCCUUUUCUCUCGGAAUUUCCAUAUUCCUGAUGUUUCGCAACCAGGUGUGUGGAAGAUUAAAGCUCACUCCAAAGGUGAUGACAGAAAUGCUACUAUCCGGGAGUUCAAGGUUCAAAAGUUUGUCCUUCCUAGUUUCAGUGUGUCCAUUGAGCCUGAAGCUGGAUAUCUUCUUGUGAGCACAGAAAGCUUCAAAUUCACUAUAGAUGCUUUAUAUUCCUAUGGAAAGACAAUCAGUGGUGGAUUCCACUGCCGAUUUGGGGUGAAAGAGGAGACCGAUAUCAAAUUCAUAAAGGGAUUAGAGAUAACUGGACCUGUAAAAAAAGGCAAAGCUGAGGUUACCAUUCAAGUCUCAGAGCUCAAGGACAAACUCCUGCCCAUGGAGUUGGAGAGCUUAGCCCAAAAAGGAGCAUUGUUCUACGCUGCUGCUACAGUCACCGACACAAUAAGUGGUGAGGUACAGGAGUCAGAAAUAUUCCUUCCCAUCGUAUCUCAGCGUUACAAAGUAGACCUGUCCCGGACUAGAUCACACUACACCCCCAACAUGCCUUUUGACUUGGUGGUGAUGGUCAGUACUCCAAAUGGUCCUCCAGCUGCACACGUCCAAGUGAGCAUUGAUGUACCAGUCGCCACAGAGAAAUCAAAAACCCAACAUACAAAUGAGGAGGGAAUGACCAUUUUCACCGUCAAUCUUGAAGCCAUACUUCCAGUGAUAUCUUUUGAGAUAACAGUUGAUGGAUUUAAGUUAACAAAAGAAGUAUCCCGUGUCACUUCCUUAAGGAACAGCUUCUUGUAUAUAAGUGUGACCAACAAGGUUGUCUUACCUGGACAUUCUCUAAAUGUUGCUUUCAAUAUUCUCAACGGCAACCCAGAAGAUGGGCGCAUUUACUACAUGGUUCUCAACAAAGGAAUAUUGAAAAAAACCAGCUCUCUGAUAGCAGCAGACUUGACUAAAAUAAGUCUUGCUGUCAGCUCUGACAUGACACCAUCCUUCCGUCUUAUUGGAUACUAUUAUGACACAAAUGGUGAAAUCAUAGCGGACUCUGUUUGGGUGGAUGUGAAGGAUGUGUGUGAGGGAAAGAUUGAAGUAACAGAAAAUGAACCAAGAAAUUUUUACAGUCCAGGAAAUCCAAUUGAUAUUAACAUUGAUGUGGGAAAGCAAAGUGAUGCAAGAGUGGCCUUACUAGCUGUGGACAAAGCCAUAUAUGCCUUAAAUGCCCAAAACAAACUCACCCCAAAACAGGUGUUCUCGUCUAUGCAGUCAUAUGACCUGGGGUGUUCAUAUGGAGGAGGAACGGACACCGCUGCUGUUUUCAAUGGUGCCGGACUGGCAUUCAUUUCUCACUCUCAGACAGUCAGGUCUCAGAUGAGGAGAGGAUUUGGCUGCGAAUCGGGUUUCAGGCGGCAGAGACGCUCUAUAGAUCUCCACAAGCAGAUGGCUGAAAAAGAAUCCAUGUAUAAGAACACGACGCUGAAGAAGUGCUGCCGUCACGGGCUCACGCUCAUCCCCAUGCGGCUGACGUGCGAGGAGCGCAAGAAACGGAUCGUCAGGACGGAGAGCGCGGCGUGCGUGGAAGCCUUCAUGAAAUGCUGCCAGUUUGCCACCCAGCUGAGGGAGAAGAAGAGGCAGGAAGACAUCCGCAGUGGGCACGGCAGAAGCACUAACAUCGAUUAUAUCGAAGACUUCUUUGAAAACGAUGUGGACCACAUUCGCCGGAGUUUUCCACCCAGCUUUGAAUUUAGGGACUUCAAAGUGAAUGGCAAAACCACAUAUAAGAUCUAUGCCCCAGACUCCAUCACUACCUGGGAAGUCCAGGCUGUCAGUCUGUCUUCCUCCCAUGGUUUUUGUGUGGCCAAGCCUGUUGACAUACGCGUGUUUAAGGAACUGUUUGUGUCUUUGAGACUUCCAUACUCUGUCAAACGCAAUGAACAACUAGCCCUGCUUGUGGUCAUCUACAAUUACGGCACACAUGAGAGACAGCUAGCCGUUCAUAUGAAACAAGUAGAUGGUCUGUGUUCACCUGGGGCUUCAUCCACUGCCUCCUACACCAAUGUGAACUUGGGCCCGCAGUCCUCUGAAACAGUGACCUUCUCAGCGGUUCCUCUGAUCGAUGGUGAAAUCCCUAUCACUAUAGUGCUUUACGACCGAGAAAUGGAGAUGGGUGUGGAUGCCAUUCAGAGGACACUGCUAGUCAUGACUGAGGGAGUGCGGAUGCAAGAGGAGAAAAGUUUUAUGAUCAAUUUGGAUGGCAGGAGUUCCAAGUACAUACAUAUCGAUGGAAUGUUUCCGAACAGCACAGUUCCUGAAACAGAUACCAACGUGUUUGUCAAAAUAGAAGGCGAACCCUUCAGCAUGUCGGCAGCUCUGCCCCUGCUCUCACCAUCCUCAGUGGAGAGGCUGAUCAGGGCUCCCAUCGGCUGUGCGGAGCAGACCAUGAUCCGGAUGUCUCCCACGGCGCUCUCCAUCCGCUUCCUGGACAGCAGCAGUCACUGGCUGGAGCUGGCAGCCGGGUCCAGGGACACGGCGCUGGACCACCUAGAGAAGGGCUAUGAAAGAAUACUGACGUUCAAAAAGCCUGAUGGAUCAUAUGGAGCCUGGCAAGGACAUCCCACCAGUAACUGGCUGACUGCGCUGGUGGUGAAAGUAUUGUCCCUCGCAUCUAACUUAGUGACUACUGCAAACCAAAGGAUCAUCUCCCAAGUAGACAUCCAGGACGCAGCGAUGUAUCUAAUCAAGAAGCAAAACGACGACGGGUCGUUCACCGACCCCAACCCAGUCAUUCACAGAGAAAUGCAGGGUGGAAUCGGCGGGAUGGAGCAAGAUGCCUCCCUCACGGCCUUCGUCACGGUUGCUCUGAACCACUCCCUCCCCUUCUUAGGCCAGAACACCCAGCCUGUGGAGGAUAGCAUCUCUCGUGCCACAGAUUAUCUCCUUUUACGUAUUGGUGAACUAGAGAGACCGUACGCAGUGGCCAUUACAGCCUACUGUUUAUCCACCUGCCUUAAAAACCAUGCAUUGGCAUUGUCAGCUUGGAUGAAACUUAAAAGUCUAGCAGUAGUAGAGGGUGAGUGUAAAGUAUGGCGGGCCAGGAAGGAGAGCCGUGUGGCAGAGGAGAGGCAGGCCCACCUGGUCCCCCCGGCCAUGGCCCUGACUGUGGAGACCACGGCGUAUGCUCUCCUCACUGCUCUGGCGCAGGGAGACCUUGAAGAGGCCAAAGCCGCCGCUUGCUUUCUUUCCACGCAGGAGAACUAUGAAGGCGGGUUCCGGUCCACACAGGAUACAAUUAUGGCCCUGGAGGCUCUCUCAGUGUAUACAGUCCAAAAACCUGCAUCUGCUUUCGAUGGCAUCAGUGCGCAAUUCACCAGUCCAUUGAGGAAUACCAUGGAGAAGGUUGUCUUGAACAAAAAAGACGAGAAGGUGGAGGCAGAGUUGAAGAGACUGCUGGGAGGUGACAUCACUGCAAAACUCUCGGGAAAUGGGGAUGUGAAAAUAAAGGUGGCUAAAGCUUACUAUGCCCUGGACCCUUAUAACGCUUGUGACCACAUAUCCAUCGAUGUGACAGUGAAGGGCAAAGUAGAAUAUACCGCUCAAGUAAUGGCGAACUAUAACUAUUACGGGAAUGGGGAUUAUGAGGAUGGGGAAAUGGAAGAAGGGGACUUCCCUCGCUCAGCAAUUGAGUGGUUUGACGCGCGCAGCAGACGCAGGCGGGACACAGAAGGAAGCUCCGAGGACACCGUGGUGUACGAAGUGUGUGUCAGUCACUCUCUAGAGAGGAACAUCUCAGGCAUGGCAGUCGCAGAUAUCACCCUGCUGAGUGGCUUUGAGCCCAUUGUAGAGGAACUGGACAAGCUAAAGGACCUGUCUGACAAAUAUAUCUCUCACUAUGAGGUCUCCAAAGGAAGGGUCCUGUUAUAUUUCAAUGAGAUACUUGACGGUAGAGAAUGUAUUACAUUUGAAGCCAAACAGACUGUGCCUAUAGGGUUAGUGCAGCCAGCACCUGCGACAUUCUAUGACUAUUACGAACCAGACAGAAGAUGCUCAGUGUUCUAUUCUGCCCCCAAAAGGAGUAAGAUGGUAUCAGUACUCUGCUCUGAAGACGUGUGCCAGUGUGCUGAAAGGCCAUGUUUCAAAGAGAAGAAAUCACUCGAGUCACUGAUCCAAAAGGGAGAUCGUUUCAAGUUUGCUUGUUACUAUCCUGUAGUUGAUUAUGGCUUUGUGGUGACCGUCCUCUCAGUGGAUGAAGCAAGCAAUUUUCAACUUUUCUCCACCAAUGUGACAGAGGUUCUCAAAAACAAUAGGGACACCACGGUGGACGUGGGGGAUAUUCGAGUGUUUGCCAAGAGAAAACAUUGCAAGGGUCAGCUGGAGACUGGGAAGACCUACCUCAUCAUGGGCAAUGAUGGCUCCACCACCGACUCCAGAGGACAAAUGCAGUACCUUUUAGAUUCAAAUACCUGGGUUGAGCAGAAAUUUGAUGCUAAGGUGUGCAGAGCAUCAGUUAACAGGAAGUUCUGCAAAGAAUUAAAAGAUUUCCUAAGGGAAUACCAAAUUAACGGCUGCUCCCAGUAGCCUGGACAUUUAUAGCAGACCAUAGCUUAUGAUAUAAUAAGUGGAAUUUUCCAUUACAAAUACAUAUUAAUUAUUAGGACUUAAUGGAUAUUAGGCUCCUGAGCAUCUUUCUGAGGCACUGUUUGUGGUGCAAAGUCAAACUGUUACUGGGCCUUUAACUUUCAUCAUAGUAAAAUCAUUUACCUACAUGUGAUGCAUACGUUAAUAAAUCUAUAUCACCCUUCUGAAA